AUGACCAGUAGCAUGCAUGCCGCCCACAGCCUCUCGUGCCGUCCAAGGCCGUACCGUGCAGGCUACGUGCCUCGGCCUCUGCUUCCAAGCCAGGCUACACAGGACCAAGCACUUGAUCCAUACCAAUGGCGAAAAGGUGCAGCCAUCUUUGGCCCGCGGCCUGUUCUCGCCCCCCUCGCCCCCUUGGACUAUCACUUCCGGAUGACGGGCGGAAGAUAUGACGGCACAUCAUCCACCGUGCCGGAACGAAACUUGACGAGCACGACACGAGACCCUCCCAGGAAGAUCCCCAGACGAUGCAACCGAAUACAACAGCGCCCCGGUAAACAGCCUGCUUUCAAGCUCAGCACGGGCUCCAUCGUGGCCUGGCCUCGACAUUGCAUCUGCAUGCGAUAUUAUCAGCACCAACAGAUAGAUAUCGACCGCUCCAAUCCCAGAAGGCUCAUGUGCAUAAGGCGGCAUCAUGUGUCGUCGCCAUCAUUGUCGUCGUUCGUUGUUGUUGUUGUUGUUGUCUUGGUCGUCAAAAUUGGUGGCUUGAUCCGAGCUUCCAUGCAGCCUUCGACAGUCCUUCCACCGAUGGCGUUAUCUCUCAGCUACAAUGUGUGGGCUCUGGACUGGCCUAACUCUGGCGCGCAGUCGCUCCCAAUGCUCACCUCCUUCGGCCUCGACUCUUGUUUGGGCACUUCCGACACCCAACUCGACCGACUUUUCGUGCAGGGAACCUGCAGCUCGCCCGCCUCGUCCGCCCCCUCGACUCUCCUGGUCGAUGUACCGGCCAGUGUCCCACCUUCUGGCGUCCUUCUUACAAUCCUUGACCCCUCCCCCCUAAUCGCUUGCAGUUGCUAG